AUGGGUGCAUUAGGCUUAGGUUCUGCUUUAGCAAAUUGCAUUAAUCUCUCAAAUUUGGAACUUUACCUUAGUGAAAAUUAAAUUGGUGAUGAAGGUGCAUCAGGCUUAGGUUCUGCUUUAGCAAAUUGCAUUAAUCUCUCAAAUUUGACACUUGAUCUUCGUUACAAUAAAAUUGGUGCAAUGGGUGCGUCAGGCUUAAGUUCUGCUUUAGCAAAUUGCAUUAAUCUUUCAAAUUUGAGACUUUGGCUUCUUGAAAAUUAAAUUGGUGAUGAAGGUGCAUCAGGCUUAAGUUCUGCUUUAGCAAAUUGCAUUAAUCUUUCAAAUUUGACACUUGUUCUUGCUAAAAAUUAAAUUUGUGCAAUGGGUGCAUCAGGCUUAGGUUCUGGUUUAGCAAAUUGCAGUAAUCUCUAAAAUUUGGCACUUAAUCUUAAUGAAAAUUAAAUUGGUGCAAUCGGUGUAUAAGGAUUAGGUUUUGCUUUAGCAAAUUGCAUAAAUCUCUCAAAUUUUGCACUUGAUCUUGGUAAAAAUUUUAUUGGUUAUGAAGGUGCAUCAAGCUUAGGUUCUGCUUUAGCAAAUUGUAUUAAUAUCUCAAAUUUGAAACUUUGGCUAAAUGAAAAUUAAAUUGGCGAUGAAGGUGCAUAAAGCUUAGGUUCUGCUUUAGCAAAUUGCAUUAAUCUAUCAAAUUUGAUACUUGAUCUUGGUGAAAAUUAAAUUGGUGCAAUCGGCGUAUCAGGCUUAGGUUCUACUUUAGCAAAUUGCAUUAAUCUCUCAAAUUUGACUCUUUAUCUUGGGUAAAAACAGUUUAUUUGUUUUGGAUUGUGA